UCUACAGCUACUGGCUCCGUCAGUUCUCUCACCCUGGGACUAUCUUUCACUGUCUGCCAGUGACAUUAGUGGCAGAGGAGCUGUGGCAAAGACUCUGGAACAUACUCAGAGACAGGAAGAUUUGAAAGAGGAGUACCUUGUGUAUACAACAACCCAAGAAUGAGUGACGCCAAUACCCUCAACACCACAGAAGUUGCAGCUGGUCCCACCACACCACGCAAGGGACCUCCCAAGUUCAAGCAAAGGCAGACAAGACAAUUCAAAAGCAAGCCCCCAAAGAAAGGAGUAAAAGGGUUUGGAGAUGACAUUCCAGGUAUGGAGGGACUUGGAACAGAUAUUACAGUGAUCUGUCCAUGGGAGGCUUUCAGCCAUCUGGAACUGCAUGAGCUGGCACAGUUUGGUAUCAUCUAAGUCACCAGAAUCACUGCUGGUGUCUUCCAAGGUUCCAGAAUGGUCUUCUUCACCAUUGACACUUAUUUUUGGCCCUUCCGUCCACCUGCUGACAUUCUGUUGAGCACGUGCAGGGUGGCUUCAUGAGAUUCACCUAGUUCUAAACAAUUCCUUCUCAGAUUAACUUGGCAAGAAGUUAUCAGGGACCCUGAAUAUUCACCAGGCCUCAUCUGAUGAAACUAUUGGAAAUGUUUAAAUAUCUCUGUACAAUAUCCUGUCUUCCCCCUGGAGUAUUCAUGUAUGUGAAGUCUCACCUGUAUCCCCUGACUCCUGGGAUGCUGUAUGUAUGAAUUUUCACCCUAUAUGCCCGCUCUGAGUUACUUGAGAUACUGUCUGUAUGUGCCUAUUUGAAAUCUUAUCCUGUAUUCCCACCCUUGACCCUAUAAAAUCUAACUCUGAAUUAAACCCAUCACCCACUCUCAGGACACUCAAGCUUUCCAUGUGUAUGUGAAGUCCAACAGAUGUGGAUGAUAUUUCCAUGAUAUCUGAGCCAGCAAUCAAUUGCUCUGUGUAUAUUCAUAGGGAACAGAGUCCUGAGAGUCACCUAUCCACCUUUCAUUAGGAAGGAGAACCUGGAGUCUCUCAUAUGAGCUCUCCAGAGGGAAUCUGCCACUAAAAUUCACCUCUCAGCCAUAGAACAGAGGGCUUGGGAAUACUACAUCUUCCCUAUAUUACCCACAGGUUAGUGGAGUAGUUAUUAGAUUUCUGUUGCUCCAAUAAGGACAGCUGACAGCCUGAAUGUUCGAGAUCACUAACUAAAUCUAUCACAGCACUCACCCCUUCGCUAUCCUGAGGGUUUGCCAUUCUAAUCAAGUGACUCUCCGGGUGCUAUAAACUUUCAUAUUCUAUAAAUAGAAAUCCCUAGUACCAUAUUUACAUGAGGAAUAGCUUGCAUCUGCCAGUUGCUGGUUAAGAAAAUGGAGAAGCAUUGCAAUUGUCACUUGACAGUGAUAUAUACCCAUUAAGGGUAUGUCCGCUGGAACGUAGGUCUAUGCGUGAGCCUUGGCUCAAGCCUAACCCUCCCCUUGCAUGUACACUGCAAUUGCGCUAACCUAGGGCUUGGACCCAGGGUUCCAGGACCCUGUAGGGCUGGAGGAGUUAAGCUGGCACCCAGGGUGCAAGCCCUAUUGCUUUGCAGUGCAGAUGGAGCCCCGCUUGACUUGGGUCCUGGGAGUCUGCUGGAAGUAUCCCACAAUUCCAUGGGACAACUUCCUUGAUCCUCUCUAUCCCAACAAUUUGCAAUCCACUCUAGUAAAAAUGGCAAACAGCAGCAGCUCAGGUUAGUGUUAACCCAUUCUCUUCUGAUCACUGAUCUGCAAGCACACUGUCAGAGAGCCUCCUGGGCUUGCAAUGGAAAACAAACUGAUCAAGCCUUUUGCAAAGUGACCUGCUUCUUGGUAACAUGCAGGAUAGGCAGUAAAGUUCUCCCAAAGUGCAUCGGGGUCCUAGGGCUAGAGCAGCCACAUUUCAGAGGGUGGAGGUGCUAGGGAUUCUGGGAUAUGGUUACUAAGACUUCGGUCUGCACACUGCAGUGUGGACGGCAGAGCCCUACGCUCAAGCCUGGGUUAGAAAAGCCUUAAUAUAAGGUAAAGAUACAAUGUAGCUGCUCAAGUCCAAGGUUCCCUAGCACAGGCAACUGACUCAAGUCCCACUAAAGCUGGGCUUACAUUGCAGUGUAGACAUAUCCUAAGGCAUGGGCUGUGUACCAGCCAGAUUUAGGUGAGUGCUUCUGGCACACUGCGGGUUUAGCAUUAGCUGGAGUCCUACCUACUUUCUUCUUCCUCACAUUUAGCAUACAGUAGCCCUCCCCCCGCCCACAUCACUCCCCAUCCCUAUCAACCAUGGAAUGUGAAGCAUUUUCUUUUCAUGCCCCUCCCCAGUUCAAGCUUUGCAGAUUGCAUGUGUUGAAGUUGAACACCUGACCUCAGAAAUUGGUGCAGCAAGGUGGGGUGUAGGUGAAAGAGAACAACUGGGAGUAGGCAGAAGGAGAGUAGUUCUACUUAACCUUAUGGAUCUAUCUCUCGGUCUCUGGCAGCCUUAAUCCUUGUUGGGCUGGGAAAUGGUGAUUCAUUUAGCCACACUCGAAACUGUGCAGAGAAGGGGCAAGAAUAUUCCCUUCCUCUCUUGCAUUAAGAAAGGAUUUUAAUUUUGUUCAGAGUCAAGGGGCAAAUGGUUUUUAUUAUCUGAUACUCAUAAAAGAGGAUGUCAUUUUUCUAAUCAUUGUGGUGAUCUUCAUUCAAAUUUACCUUUCCCUGGUUUACACUGCAUGUGUCAAACUAUAUAUAUAUAGUUUGACACGUGAUAUAUCCAUUACAAGUACAAAUUGUGUGUCAACUGGUGAACUACAUCACAGGACUACUUCAUAUGCAAGCCUGCCCACUGCUAAAGCACCCUCCCGCAACCUUUGGGGAAGAUCCACUGGACCGGGGACUCAAAUAAUUGCAUGGGACAAUGGAAAAAUAACAGGGAUAAGUGUGAGGGUCAAAAGGAGGAAACCUGAUAGGGACAUCGAGCAGAGAACCCCGGACAGCGCCUACUGCUCCUCGAAGGUGUCAAGGGAGCCAGUGGACGCCACCCAGAGGAACUCUGCUCGGUUGUGUGAAUGGAUGGAAGAUCGGAAGUAGGUCCCAUAGUCACAGGAAACCCCCUCAGCCAAUCACAGGAUUACUUGUUAGGCAGAUAUCAUCUAUAACCUUUGUUUUUCAUGCAUUGUUGCUUUUCGUUUCUUGCAUCCUUCUCUCCUUUUGCAGCUCUUCCUCUUUCUCAAAAUCUUCUCUGUGCAGGUAUGAUUUUUAUUUAGGUUUUAAAUAUGUUUGACUUAUUUCAUUUAUUAAUAGCCUCUGUUUUUUUGAUUAAAUAAAGAUGUCAGUUUUCCUGUGCUUUCUCUCACCUUAAAUUGCUCUAUUUAUAUGACCCUUA